UUUGUUAUGGAAAGUUUUUGAGGGGCGUGUCUGCUGACUCCCUGAGACAGCAAACAGAAAGUGAACUUCCUAGAAGUGCCUGCCGACUAACAUGUGGAAUUACGGAAGCAUGGACGGUCUGCAGACGUAAUGGGUUCACCUGAGCAAUAAAAAGUAAAAGGCGAAAUGGAUGAACACUACGACAGGCCGCUGCAAAACGAGCCCAAGGCGGACACAAACGGUGCUUCAGCUGGGAGUUUUUGGCAGGACCCUUUGGCUAUUGCAUUAAGCAAUACACCUAAAGAUAUAAUUUCUCCCAGGAGCCGAACUAGAGCAGUAACUGUGGUAUACAUUUUAAUAGACGAAGCUGAUUUUCCACAGUCGGAGGAGAAUCUUUCACUAAGAUGCCUGGAAGAGGCUUGUGCCGAUGCCCACGCCAAAAUGAACACCAUUCCAUUUGGGAGUCUUGCGCUUGGAACGACGGAUAUUUUAGACAUCUUCUACAACGCAGACGUUGCUGUGGUGGAGAUGAGCGAUACGUUCUGCCAGCCCUCCCUCUUCUACCAUCUGGGAGUGCGGGAGAGUUUCAGCAUGACCAACAACUUCAUCAUGUACUGUGUGAAGAAGCAGAACGACCUGCAGGCACUCAAGAAAGACAUCUUCCCGAGGAAUGUGGAGCAGUGUGGGAGCUACACCUUCAUUCCCUACACGGUGUCGCCCCAGGGGAAGGUGUUUGCCUGUGAGGCGGGGGUGCAGAUGAAGGGCCUAUCGGAUCUGUUUCAAGCCAACUAUAACAUCGAGCCCCUACUGACGUCCCUCGUCGACCGCCUUGUCAAACUCCUGGAUGAUACACAGAUCCACUCCUGUGAAUAUUUCCGGGAGACAAUCCGACGCGAUAUCCGCACUGCGAGGGAGAGGUACAGCGGGACGGAUCUGAGCAGAGAACUGGUCAAAAUUCAGCAGAGGCUGGAUACAGUGGAGCUGCUGAGUCCUGAUAUAGUGAUGAACCUGCUGCUGUCAUACAGGGAUGUACAGGAUUAUGAUGCUGUUAUCAGACUUAUUAAGACUUUAAAUGACCUUCCAACAUGUGACGUGACUGAGCAGGACAAUGUAAAGUUCCAGUAUGCCUUUGCACUGAACAGGAGGAACCAGCCUGGCGAUCGUCAGAAAGCCCUCCAGGUCAUCCUGCCCGUGGUGGAGAAGGCCGAGCGCGUCGCCUCAGACCUGUACUGCCUGUGUGGCCGGAUUUACAAAGACAUGUUCCUCAGUUCAGGGUUCACAGACCAUGACAGCAGAGACAAGGCUUGCUACUGGUACGGUAAAGCUUUUGAAGGCGAGCCAACACUGCACUCGGGAAUCAACAACCUAGUUCUCUUAAUGGCAGCUGGCCACCAAUUUGAAACAUCAAUUGAACUGAGGAAAAUAGGUGCGAAGCUGAGCAGCCUGCUCGGCCGAAAGGGAAGCCUGGAGAAGAUGAAUUAUUACUGGGAUGUGGGCUUUUACUUUGGAGCCAGUAUCCUGGCCAACGACCACAGCAAAGUCAUACAGGCCUCUGAGAAACUGUACAAGUUAAAGGCGCCCAUAUGGUUCCUGGGAUCAUGCAUGGAGACGUUUCUGCUCUAUAAGAAGUUUGCAAAACACCCUGAAGAGAAAUCGGCGAAGCAAGAACUGUUUGGUUUCUGGAUGGAGCUGUUACUGCAAGCUUGCAAACCCACAGUGUCCACAAUGAGAUGUCCAGUUCUUAUUCUGGAGCCCACCAAAGUGUUUCAGUCCUCCUACCUGAGCGUCUGUGAAGAGGACCUGGACAAGGCUGUCCAACUGUGGCACAUCUGCCCUGCUGAGGAGAAGGGUAUCCACAACUGGACUUUCCCCGCAUCAGACAUUCGAGGUGUGAGUGUUUCGAAAUUUGACGAGCGCUGCUGUUUCCUGUAUGUGCUGCACAAUUCUGAGGAUUUCCAGCUGUUUUUCCCCAGUGAAUCACACUGCAAGGGGUUCUGUGAGUUGGUGAACUCCUUAGCAGAGGAGAAUGCAGUGAAUGUGGUAGAUGCUGCAGUGCGCUCUGAAGGGGUAUUGGAAUAUUCUUAUGAGUAUUCCGAGAGCAGAUAUAAGGUGGUCCUGGGGAAGGGGACCUAUGGAGUUGUGUACGCAGGCAGAGAUCUGAGCAACCAAGUGCGCAUCGCUAUCAAAGAGAUCCCUGAGAAGGACAGCAGGUUCUCUGAGGCUCUUCAUGAAGAGAUAUCCUUGCACAAGCGUCUCAAGCACAGGAAUAUAGUCCAAUACCUGGGCUCGGUCAGUGAGAAUGGCUUCAUCAAAAUCUUUAUGGAGGAAGUCCCGGGAGGCAGCCUCUCUUCGCUGUUGAGAUCGAAAUGGGGACCUCUGAAAGACAACGAGGCCACAGUUGUUUACUACACCAAACAGAUCCUGGAGGGACUGAAGUACCUGCAUGAGAACCAGAUUGUUCACAGAGACAUCAAGGGGGAUAAUGUGCUCAUUAACACCUACAAUGGGGUGUUGAAAAUUUCAGAUUUUGGGACCUCCAAGAGACUGGCUGGAAUCAAUCCGCGCACUGAGACUUUUACAGGAACUCUGCAGUACAUGGCACCAGAAAUUAUUGACAAGGGUCCGAGAGGUUACGGGAAGGCCGCUGAUAUCUGGUCUCUGGGCUGCACUAUUAUUGAGAUGGCCACGGGGAAACCUCCCUUCCACGAGCUCGAGAGCCCACAGGCUGCCAUGUUUAAGGUGGGCAUGUUCAAAAUCCACCCCAGGGUCCCAGAGUGCAUGUCCGAGGAGGCCAAGGCUUUCAUUGUGAGGUGUUUUGAACCCGACCCCGACCAGAGAGCCACGGCCGCUGAGCUGCUGCAGGACCCCUUCCUGAGGAAGCCUGCCAGGAGGAAAACCAGGACCCCCAGCCAGCCCCCCCAGAGCGACACGGUCCUGCCAGGUGACUAUCACCGAAGCAUGUCGGUCCCGCUGCGAGUUCAGGACACCAGCGGCUCUGUGAAGUGUGAUCAGACCUCCUCUUUAGACACCAGGAAGCCCAUACCGGUCCUACAGAGGAGUAAUACCAACCCUGGUACCAUUGAGAAGACCACAAAGCAAGGUCUCCUUGGAAGCGUGGUGGAGGAGUCUCUUUAUGACUUGAGCAGACCUUCGUCUCCAGAGGAGAGCCCUGGCUUUUUCAUGCUGAGGAAGGACAGCGAACGCCGGGCUACCCUGUACAAGAUCCUCACUGACCACGAGAACACUGUGGUCAGCAACAUACUGGAGACCCAGACUGAGAAUACAGAAGAGGCUGAAUUCACGGCUGAACACAUUGGUAUGCUGGUGUCCUCUCUGAGGGAGCACAUCCACACUCCAGACAGGAAGAACCUCACUAACAGUCUGGUCAAGCUCCGGGCGAAGCUCCAUUCUGAUGCAGUUCCGCUCAGCCACCUGCAGGAGGUGCUGUUCAGCUUCCAAGAUGCUGUGAAGAAGAUCCUGAGGCAGCAGAGAAUCAGACCUCACUGGAUGUUUGCUCUGGUUAACCUGCUCAGACAGGCGGUUCAGACAGCCAUUACCAUCCUCAUCCCAGAGCUCAAGAUGCAAGCACAGUCCUCGUUCGAGGCUGAAUUCCAGGAGGUAACAGCUCAGGGCGAGUGUGUAGCAGAGGAGAGAGAGGGGUCGCCCCCUGUGAAGGACCAGGAUGUUGAGACGUCUGGUGUGAGCACGCUCAGUUCAUGUACGCUGAGUGAGUUCCUGCAGGACCCCUGCCCACUGAUACUGCAGCUGAAAGAGCUCAGAGUGGAGACAGGCAGGCUGUUGACUCAGCUCGCUGAGAAGGAAAAGGAGUAUCACGAUCUGCUGCGGGACACUGUCAGGAAGAGAGAGGAGGACAUUGAGCUUCUCACAGAUAUCCCCUCUGUCUCCCCGUGCCACUGGAAGACAACCCAAGGAGACUCGGAGAGCUCCACUCUGACACAGUGGCUGCAGCGCACAGGGGCUGAUGGGGACACGAUCAACAGAUUACUUGCAGCUGACUUUUCUCUUCAGGAUCUGCUUUCUAUUGCUACUAGGGAUGACCUGAAAUAUUGUGGGAUAAGGGGCGGGAUGCUGUGUCGACUAUGGGCAGCAAUAACGAGGCACAGAAAUACCCCAAUCAAAUAGCCCUGGACUGCACAGCACUGGAUUUGAAAACACUCUGCACAUCUCCACUUACUAAUGGAAGCAGUGCAUCUAAUGUAGCAGUAACUUGAAAUCAUGACAUGGUUGAUGAAACCUUGCAUUGGACUUGCCUCAAAUUGAGGAUCUGCAAAACUACUAGCUGGUCCCAGGCUGGUCAGAGGGAUAGACUAGAAUGCAGUUAAUUUAAACUGAACCUUUGGGAGACCUAAUGUUUUUAUUAAUAUAUUUCAUAGAUAUAGGGGUUUAAUGAUCCAUUCCAGGUUUUAAUAUGAGCUGGAUGAGCCACAGUGUAAAGGUAGCAAGCUCAGGUGUGUCUUCUUAAACUCUUAGUAAAACCCUGUAUUUAAUUGAUAAGGUGCUAAAUAGAUCACUCCUGGAGGUAAGCAUUAGCGGAGUACAAUAUGUAGCUUAAGAGCGGCCACAUUAAGAUCCAACUAUGUUGAGAGAACAUAUUGAUUAGUGUUAGAUCAAGCUUUGGUGGUCUCGUGUGUUUGCUUGUGGACAGUGAUCCACAGAAAUGUUAUUCUAUAUUAUGUUGAUGGCAGGUCAGAGGUGAAGUAGCCUAAUGUUCCAGCUACUCAUAGGAUACACUGGACACAGUGUUCUAUUUAACCUGUACCCUUAUAAAAGGUUACCAUGGUAAAUUUGCACAGUAUUUUUGCAGUUUUCUCAUUCUUAUCCUGUUAUUAUGGUAUGCAUUUACCAUAGUUUACCAUGAUUUGGCAGGUUUUUUUUUUUUUUUGUAUGCUUUACCAUACCUGUCUGGACUUUGACAUGCUUUCAUUCAUCUUUAUUUCACUUUAUAGUGAUUUUGCUAUGUGAUUUUGCAUGUAUCUUUUAUAAAGAUACAUGCAAUAGACAUUAAACAUCUCGUUUUAUUGUUUUGGUUUUUUUUUAAUAUUCAAUUUAAUCAUCCAAGUUCUUCUCGUUCCCUGUACAUCUUGCACUAAAUUGAAAUAUUUCAACACUAAGAUGUAGCAGACUGCUUUUUGAAUUGACAUCAAAUGUAUACAGUAUUGGACUGAAAAAUAUGUUUUAGUUGCAAUGUGCUGCUAUAAUGGAAUCGGGUUUCAUCUUUUGUCUUAUCCUGUAAUCAGUAAACCCUUUUACAAAAAACAGCAUGGUAUUUGAGUGUUUGACAGAUACAGUUUUUACUUUGUGAUUCCCACACUAUUCCUACAUUCAAUGUGUGUGUGUGUGUGUGUGUGUGUGUGUGCGUUUCCAUCACAGCUCCCAGUACAGGAGGCUGUGUGGUCUGGUGGUUAAAGAAAAGGGCUUUUAACCAGGAGGUCCCCGGUUCAAAUUCCACCUCAGCCACUGACUCAUUGUGUGACCCUGAGCAAGUCACUUAACCUCCUUGUGCUCCGUCUUUCAGGUGAGACGUAGUUGUAAGUGACUCUGCAGCUGAUGCAUAGUUCACACACCCUAGUCUCUGU